CCGCCCCUCGCCAGCCGCUCCUCCCUCCCAGGCCCGCUCUGAGGGCGCUUCUCCCCUCACGGAACGCGCUCGGGAGCCGCGGCCCGCUGGGAGAAGCGCUCCCCUCACGGAGCCCGCGGGAACCGACCCGCUGCCGUGAGGGAACGGGGGGAGAGCAGAGAGCACAGAGCACAGAGAGAGGGGAGGGAGGGAGAAGAGCAAGGGGAGAGAGAGCGGACGGCGAGGGAGAGGAGCGCUGCCCCGCUCCCCAGACACCUACGACAUCCCGGAGCCGUUCCCGCCGCUUCCCCUUCGCAGCUCCCGCCGUGUGCCCGCCAAACGCCGCCGGCUGGAAACGGCGCCGAGGGCGGGCCGGGCCGGGGCGGGGCCGAGAAGCCCGGCGGGGCUGCGGGGCCGAGACCGAGAGCCCCGGGACCGAGACCGAAGCCGAGACCGAGACCGGUGUCCGUGUGGGCUCGUCGUGUCCCGCUGUGCGCGGAUGGCCAGCACUCCUGGGAAUCAGAAAACCACACACUCAGAAAAUUCCCAAGGGAAGAAGUCCCACCAUGCAGAAGAAGCCACUUUUUACAUGAACUGCAGAGCAGCUUAUCUGACUGUCUUAAAAAGCAGCUUGGAAAAUAUUAAAUCAAAAGACCAGCUCAGUUUAGUACUCCAGCAGGCUGGAAGAAAUCCUUCUCAGAAGACCAUUAACAAAUACUGGACUUCACAAACAUCUUCACUGAAUUUUGAUGAUUUUUGUGCUAUUUUAAAAAAAGAAAAGCCAGCUACAAAAAAUGAACUGCUUGAAGCAUUUGGUAAAAUAGACACAGAUAAGGCUGGAUAUAUUUCACAUGAUGAACUUUGUAAAAUUCUUACAACAAGAGGUGAUAAAAUGACCUGGGAGGAAGUGACCAGCAUUACUAAACAAGCAGAUUUUAACUGCAAUGGCAAACUUGACUACAACAAGUUCUGUGAGCUGUACCUGAGCACCAGGGAGCAGUGCUGCAAAGCUGCAAGGGACAGGCUGGAAAUUGACCCUCGGCUGAGGCAGCAGCACUUUGGGAAUCAAACUGAAAAUGUCCCUGAAGGGAUCACCCUGCCAGUGUCAAAACCAUCCCCCAGGGUCUCCAGGAAACCUGAUCACAAACUGGCUAAAGGUGACAGCAGAGCUCCUUCAAGACCUUCAUCAGCUCAAAGCAGCAAAGCUUCCAGCUCCACCACUGUCACUGUGGGUGCCAGCAGCAGCAGGAACACAAAGCUAAUUAUUGAGCCUGACACAAUGAAGGAAUGGCAAUGUGCACAAUCCAGAGGCUGCUUCUACCUAGAGGAAAAUGGGGAAAUCAUCAGUCACAAGUACAGGCUGCACUUACCCCAGAGAUCUGCACUUUGUGUCACCAUCAAACCUUUCAGUAUUCCCCAGGCACAAGGAAGAUCUUGUCACUGGUUGUCAGUGGAUACAGCUUUGUUUAUUCUGAAGGAAAAUGAAACCCAGGAGAAUUUACAGCUUGUGAGCUUUACUGAACUCCAGAACAAAGAGAUGUUUGGCUGGAGGGGGGAGCUUGGAGCUGGGGUUUAUUGGCUGCUCCCUUUCACAACUGGCUGCAGGCUGAGGAAGGGAAAAACCCAAAUUACUGGAGAAGCCAAACUGGUGUGGAGGGAUGAAGAUGGAGAACUGGCUCUCACCAAAGAAUUCCGAGCUGCUUUGUUGGAUAUAUUUGAAACAAUUGAUUUGGAUGGGAAUGGCCUCCUGAGUCUGGAGGAGUACAACUUCUUUGAGCUGAGGACAAGUGGGGAGAAGUGUGAUCAGGAAGCCUGGGCUGUGUGCAAGGAAAAUUUUGAGAUGAAGAAGAAUGAACUAACAAGACAAGGAUUUCUGGAUUUGAAUCUCAUGGAAGCCAACGACCAGGAUGGGGAUCCCUGGGACCUUUGGGUCACUUUGUUGUCCCUGGGCUACAACAGAGCCUUAGAAAUGACAGAGGCCUGCCCCUUUGUCAUUGACAUCUGUGCAGAGAGGUGCAAACCCAGAAUUAAAGCAAUUUCCCUGGAGGCAGGGGGCUCCCAGCUCAGCAGGGCUCUCUGCAGGUCUGUGGUUAACAAAGGAGAGGCCAAAGGGCUGGAUGGCUCUGAGAACAUCUUCAUCCACACCUACAGAUCAGGCAGCAGGAUCACCUCUGUGAUUGAAAAUAAGUCUGAAAAUAAAGUGAUAAUUCAUGUCAACAAUGAGCAGAGUAAGAACUGCCUGAACAAUAGGGGACUGACAGUUUUUGCUGUGGAAGUGGCUCCAAAAUCCAUGAUGGUCUCUCAGCAUGUGAUGGCCCUGAAUGAGCAGGAAGAGUGGAUUUACAGCUGUGUGCACUCCCUUGUGUGUUAAACCUCCCAGUGCCACACUCAACCAGGAUUAGCUUUGGGCAGCUCUUAGACAAUUUAUAGUCUUGUCCUUCUCAAAAAGCUGGCACACAUUUAUAUUUCUUGAUGAUUUUGGCAUGAAAACACUGAGGCACAAUAAAAAUUAGUGCUGUUCAGUAAUCCA